AUGUCAAACGGUGCUAAGGGGAUCUAUAGCCUCAAGAAUCUAGACUUUGUGGGCCUAAUCAGCGAUGCGGGUCGAGAUCGACUUCACUUGUCUCUUUCGACGAAUUGUAAUAUUGUGCUGAGACUGGCAGGGCUUACUGGCAAUGCCGAUUACGAUGCCGGCGUAACAUCCGGGAAUGUACCAAGUCCACGAUUCAACUCCGGAGAUUACCACACAUACUAUGUACUCAGAAGAAGCUCUUCCCUAUCCAAAGAACGUAUAUUCUGGCCAGAGUUCGUUUGCGCUCCGACAACUGGGCACUCUCUUUCUUCUAAGGAUUCGAUCUCUUCGCCCAGUCAACUUAACUCGGUCGACCCGAAUUGGGCAUCGGAAGCAGCCAGUUUACCCACUUGCCCUACCCCCGAAGUCAAUGCUAGUCAAUCAACUAGUCAAUGUGAUUCGUUUGAGUCAACUCUCAUUUACCUAUCCCCAUGGCGUCCUUCAAUCAUAGAAACUGGCGGUAGUGGUGCGGAAUCAGGUGCUAGGGCGCAGCUACCUCUCUCUUACUUGGGAGGGUGGCCACUACAACAGAUUACCUGCCCCUCAAAUUCUCAAGCUGCUCAAGAGGGGGAAGUUGAAAACCUAGCCUACUAUUUCACGGUUUCGAUGGUGCGUGGCCUCUUUCUUCCCUCAAAUUCAGAUUCUUGCCAAGGUCCUGGCUUCACUGGCGGAACUGUUUCUCUAAAUACAGUGGAUUUGAACGUCGUUCCUACAAUAGAUCUUGGUUGCGAUCAAGGCACUCUCAUCAUUCGCAAUUCUGUAUCUCUGCACAACCAACUUCCUAUACCACUUGGCUACAAAGUGCCUUGGUGUGCUCCUUUGAGCGGCAUUCAUGAAAACCUUUCACACUCAACACUGUCGUUCUCACCCUCUUCAGACUUGCCCUGGGUUUUAUCACAUUCUCUCUCUUGCUCUGUAAGAUCAGUCUACUCUCUCUAUGGUUCACAUAUUUCACUCGACCCCUUCCACCCCAUCAGUGCUGCUCGAGUUGUUAUUCGCCCUCCCCUGCGUCUGGGCUGUCAUGGAACUAUAGAUCCUGGAAAUCUUUAUGCACUACAUACCGUCGCCCCAUCCGGUACUAAUAUUAAUCUUUCGAUUCCUGAUGGUGGCACUGGUUUGGCCUAG